GCGCCUGCGCUGGCCGCACCCUCCCCCUUCAGACCCACCCGUCCUCCUUCAGACCCAGGACCCCUGGCCCCUGAUUCCCCCUGAACGCCUCUGUGAGAGCACUUCUCCACCUGCACCUGGAGCAAGGGCCUGGCUCAGCCAGCACUGCGUUUGUCUUGGCCCAGAGCCACCGUGACCUUGGGCUGGUGGCCUCCCUACUCUGAGCCUCUGUCUUCUCUCUCCAUGGGGUACCAAUCUGCCUCACAGAGAGUAACCGGUCUGCUCCUUCCCUCGGACCCCAACCGAGGCUGGGCCAAGCUCAGAAAACGUGGCACGGAGGGGUGCGUUACAGACACAGAGUGACAGAAGCUGGACACAGAGAAGCGCAGGACGCCGUGCCUGCUGCACAGGGGAGAGCCGCUCGCCCAGCACAGCACAUCGGUGUGUCCAGCCGCGCACAGCACCCCCGCUGGCUGGUCGGCCCUCCCCUCCGUGGCUCAGGCAGCUCCAGACCUGGAACACUCCUCCCUCAUCCUCUAGGCCACAUGGGGCUGCCAAACUUGCCCUUCAGGUUUAGCUGUGGCCGCCCCUCCUCCUCCAGGAAGCCUGCCCUGACCCUCGGAGUGGCCACUCCUGGGCUUCUGAGGCACCCUUAGCAACUGCCAUUAUAGUACCUGUGGAAUGAAAACCUAUCUGUGUGGUUGCUAACACUCACCUAGCAUUUCCUCUUCUCCGGUUACUGCACUGAGAGCUCCCAUAACCUCCUUUGAUCCUCCCAGUGCUGUGAUCCCCAUUUUAGAUUUGAGGAUCUGGGGCACAGAGAGGUUAAGUAAUUUGCCCAAGGUCACACAGCUAGAAAGGGGCCAGGUCACGAGGUGUUGGCGCAGAGUAACAACAAAGGGAACAGGGUCUAAACUGUAUGGCCUGGGUUCAACUGUCUCCACCCAUUAUUAGCUGUGUGACUGUAGACAAAUAACUUGCAUAUGCCUCAGCUUCCUUGUGUGUAAAACAGGGAUAAUUGAACCCAUUUCAUAGGAUGCAGUGAGGUUUAUAGAAACGUACCCACACAUACACUGCACUCAGAGGAGGACAGAAGCACACAAUAGGUGUUACCAGAAUUAUUACAUGGCAAAGCCAGCACUCGAACCCACAUCCACGUGGGCUCUUUGCCAUCCCAUCACACAGUUGAUUAUCUUUCUUUCUCUCCGUUGUUUCAUCCCUGUCAAUCUAGGAUCAGGGUGUGUUCAAUGAAGCAAUGAAGCAAUAAUGCACAGGAAUGCACCAAAUGCAAAAACUCAUUCAUUCAACCCAUGUCACUCCAGUCCUUACUGUAUGCAAGAGCUGAUUCUGCAUGCUGCAGGCAGACUGGGGGACUGAGCAUACAAUGGUCUUUGUCCUCGGGAAGCUUACAUUCUAAUGGAGGAGACAUAAAAUAGACAAAAUGAACAGGUAACACAGUGUGUUAGACGGUGAUAACUUUCAGAAGAGCAAAGUGUUGGUCUGAGGGGGAGAGAUUAUGAAGGAGGGGAGGGUAAGGGCUGCUGCAUGUUAAAUGAGGUGGGCAGCCAGGCCUCUCUGAGGUGGUGCCGUUGGAGCAAAGACCUGGAGAAAGUGAAGGAACAAGUCCUGAGGAUAUCUGAGGAAAGAGCGGUCCAGGCAGAGUACAGCAAGUGCAAAGGCCCUGAGGCAGAACGGCAUCCGGGUGCUCAAGGAGCAGCAAGGAGGCCAUGUGCUGCAACAAGGAAAGAGAUAAGGCCUUGUGGAAGGCCCUCUUUUAUCCAGAGAAACAGGGAGCCAUUGAAGGAUUUUGAGAAGGAAGUGAUGUGAGCUGACUUAGGUUUCUCUGGGGCCCCUGCAUGGAGACUGGACUGGGAGAUGAAGGCAGCAGGGAGACCACUCACUGCAUGUGAAACCUUGAGCAAGUCUCUGAACCCUUAUAGGCCUCAGUUUCCUCAUCUGUGAAAUGGAGACACCCAACAUGCACCUGACUGGGGUGGGAGAAGGAGUGGUGUCUAUAAUUUAGUUAGCAAGGACCAUGGCACAGGGGAAGUUCUCAAAAGGAGAUUUUAUGCGUGAGGAGCCUGUCAACUUUCAUGAUGUCCUUGAAGCUCUGCUGGCCAUUGAGUCUCACCUCUUAUCAUAGGGAGUUAUUCAGGGAAAUUUCCAAAGGAAGAGGGAAGGGGAGGGGGUGGGAGCGGAGGGCACUGGUGAAGACAGGAACCCCAGACAGUAGGUGUGCGCAGAGCAGGGAUGGACACCAGCCUUAGACACGGAAAGAUGGAUGGCCCUGGGGUCAAAGCCCACCCUUCCACAUGGACUGUGAACAAGUGGAAAUUAACUUUGCAGAGAUAUCAGGAGAAUUCAAAGGGGGGAUUCCUGUGCAGGAAUGUGACACCAGAUUACUGUUGUGAUCGUGCUAGUGCUGGGAUCGAAACACUUGUAGCUCUGGCUGCCCUGAGGACGUCCCAGCCCCCACCCUGGGUCUUUCUGCUGCCAGCCCCACCCAGGGGCCACUCCAGCUAGGCUGGACCAGGGCUCCAGGCGGUGGGAGCUCCCCAUUCUCAGCAUCAUGAGCGCCACCAGUGGCCCAGAAGCUUCCCCCAAAUGGAGUGCCAAGUCCAUCUAUGAACAGAGGAAGCGUUACUCCACAGAGGUUAUGGCCGAUGUUUCCCAGUAUCCAGUCAAUCACCUGGUGACCUUCUGCCUGGAUGAGGAGGAUGGCGUGCACACGGUGGAAGACGCCUCGCGGAAGCUGGCCCUCAUGGACAGCCAAGGCCGCAUCUGGACCCAGGAAAUGCUACUGCGCGUGUCUCCCAAACACGUCGCGCUUCUCGACCCGGACUCCAAGGAGGAGCUGGAGUCGUACCCGCUGAGCGCCAUCGUGCGUUGCGACACAGUGAUGCUGCCGGGCCAGAGCUGCUCACUGAUGCUGCUCGUGUGCCAGGACUCCGAGCGCACGCAGCCCGACGUGCACUUCUUUCAGGGCCUGCGUCUGGGGGUGGAGCUGAUCCGAGAGGACAUCCAGGGGGCUCUUCACAGCUACCGCUCGGGCCGCGGGGAGCGCAGGGCGGCGGCGCUCUGGGCCACGCGAAAGGAGCUGCAGCUCCAUUCCUUGCCCGCCGCGGAGACCCCUCCCCUGCAGCACCGCCCGACAGUCCGCGCUGCGGUCAGCUGGGUGGAGCCGGCCGCGGGCUGCGGGCGACCCCAGGUGGAUCCCAUCCCAGAAGCAGAAGAGGUGCGGAGGCCCGCCCGGGCGGAGGCCUCCAGCAGCCCUGACCUGGCCUCCCGGGACCUGGGCCCCCACGGCCCCGACCUAGCCAGUCUGCAGGCGGAGCGGGACGUGGACAUCCUGAACCACGUGUUCGACGACGUGGAGAGCUUCGUAUCCAGGCUGCAGAAGUCAGCGGAGGCGGCCCGAGUGCUGGAGCACCGGGAGCGCAGCCGCAGGACCCGGCGCCGGGAGGCGGGGGAGGGCCUCCUGACGCUGCGGGCCAAGCCGCCCUCAGAGGCCGAGUACACCGACGUGCUUCAGAAAAUCAAGUACGCCUUCAGCCUGCUGGCCCGCCUGCGCGGCAACAUCGCCAACCCCUCCUCCCAGGAGCUGCUGCACUUCCUGUUUGGACCUCUGCAAAUGAUUGUGGACGCUUCGGGCGGCCCCCAGUUCGCGAGCGGCGUGCGGCGGCCGCAUCUGACUUCCGAGGCUGUGGCGCUGCUGCGGGACAACGUCACCCAACGUGAAAACACGCUCUGGACCUCGCUGGGAGACUCAUGGACCCGCCCGGGGCUGGAGCUACCCCGGGAAGAAGGACCCCCAUACAGACCUGAGUUCUGCAGCGGCUGGGAGCCCCCAGCCACUGACCCAGAGGGCGGCACCUGGGACGACCCAGUAGAGAAACAGCUACAGCACGAGCGGCGGCGCCAGCAGCAAAGCGCCCCCCAGGUCGCUGUCAAUGGUCACGGAGACCAGGAACCAGAAGCUGAGCCCCAGCUGGAGGGGGAGCCGGCCAGGAAGUGGGUCCUAUGUAAUUACGACUUCCAGGCCCGCAACAGCAGCGAGCUGGCCGUGAAGCGGUGGGACCUGUUGGAGGUCCUGAAUGACGAGCGCAAGUGGUGGAAGGUUCGGGACCAGCGCGGGCAGGAGGGUUAUGUACCCUAUAAUAUCCUGACACCUCACCCGGGGCCGCCGGGGGGCCACAGCCAAAGCCCUGACUGCAGCCUGGAGAACAGUACUCCUCCUCCCGCCCCCGGAUCAGCGCGGGCCCUGGCUCCCGCUCCCCCUCCGCCGCCAGCCUUGGCUCCGGCUCCCUGUCCCCAGCCAGCACCGGCCCUGGCUUCUGCUCCGGCUCGGUCCCCCCGGGACAGCAGCGAGAGCCUCAACAACAUGGACUCCAGAAAACAGGAGAAAUUCUCCCAGAUGCUCUGUAUCAACGAGGAGCUGCAGGCACGCCUGGCCAAGGGCCUCACGGGCCUUAGCCGUGCAGCCGUGGGGCCCCGCGCCCCGGAGCCGCAGCUCAGCCCGCGCUCCAACGCCUCGGAGGUCCGUGCCUGGCUGCAGGCCAAGGGCUUUAGCUCGGGGACCGUGGCCGCGCUGGGCGCGCUGAGUGGUGCGCAGCUAUUCUCGCUGCAGAAGGAGAAGUUUCGGGAGCUGAGCCCCGAGGAAGGGGCGCGCGUGUUCAGUCAGGUCUCGGUGCAGCGUGCGCUGCUGGAGGACAAAGAGAAAGUGUCAGAGCUGGAGGCAGUGAUGAAAAAGCAAAAGAGGAGAAUGGAAGACGAGGUGAAAACGGAGGUCCUUUGAUCCUUCCCCGCGCCUCCGCGAAGUUUCGAGGCAGCCCCGCGGGAGAACGGACUCUGCAGACUGCCCCCACCAAUGGAAGUAGAUCCUUCCAGGGAUUGCGGACCUGUUCCAGCCGUGGUCUUACCUCAUCCUGGUAGACAUACUGGCCCGUCCUUGCUGGAGUCUCCUGAGCAGGUACUCUCGGGUUGGCCAAGAACGGACAUAGAGACAAUUUAGGGGAAGCGCAUGUGCUCGGGAGCCCUGUGCAUUGUGAUACGCUGCCCAGUCUAUAAACAGUCUCUUCUUACCA